AUGCGUCUAUAUGCGUGUGCUUUAGAUGUGGAGGAGACAAAUAAAGUGAGAAAAACAUCAUCAAAUGAUGAUUUCCAGGACCAGCAGUCAUUGUUUGAAGAAGCCACCGAUCAUGUCCAAAGGAAAGUGUUGCACGAAGUACAUUCAGGACCAAAUCCCAUCGGUAAUUCUAUUCCUCAGCAGAAGCCCAACACAUCAUUACGAAAAACUCCCUAG